AUGCCACCUAGCCAAGGCUUCGUCUACUACCCAUCGAACGUAAGAAGAAGCACAGCCGUCCGCCCAGCAGACGAGGUAGAGGAAUCACAACACCCUCGAGGUGAAAUAGUGGCCGCCAUACGAGCGAUAAACGACACACCAAUGGACGUACCACUACACAUAAUAUCCAGCAAAGACACGCUUAGCCGCGACCUGACAGAACGACUGUCCAAGUGGGAAGACAAGGGAUGGAUCGGCAUAUCCGGUACCCCCUUCCUAAAGACACUAGUCAAUAAACUUAGACAAAGAUGCGCCCCGACCAAAAUAAGCAAAGCAGCAGAGAGAGAACAAUACGAGAUUAGAAAUACCGGCCACGACCUACAGAAAGCAGCCUACAGCACCGGACAGACGGAACAAAUCCAUCCAGAGAUCAACAUAUCGUUCGACCUAUCAGGAGCCAAGAUAGGAACACUCACACAAGCCCGAGCAUACCAAGGCAUACGAGAGAACCAAAGAGAGCAAACGCGUGAAAGAACAUCCAGACGCGUGAAAAAGACCCUAGAACGACUCCACAUGUGCGAAGCCGACACACACGUCACUGAGGCAAUGUUAUGGAAGAGCAUAAGACAAAAGGACAUACAUAGAAAAGUCGUUGACUUCCUAUGGAAAGGCACACACGACGCCCUCCGCAUAGGAUCCUUCUGGACACACAUACCCGGCUACGAAGAGCGAGCGAACUGCCCGACCUGCGGAACCCUAGAAUCCCUAGAACACAUACUCACUGAAUGCACCGCCCCGGGUAGAAGAGAAGUAUGGAUGCUUACCAAGAACCUAUGGAAGAGAACGAGACUGAAGUGGACACAGCCGCAUAUAGAGGACAUCCUAGCCAUAGGACUAGGACGAUAUGCAUUAAGGAAGGGUAAGAAGAGGCGCGAAUCAAGGAAGAGACUAUGGCGGAUCAUAGUGUCAGAAGCCGCAUACCUAAUAUGGAAACUACGGUGCGAAAGAGUGAUAGGUCACGAGGACGAUGACCGAUGGACGCAUACCACCAGGCAAAUAAUACAGAAAUGGUACCUAACAAUGAACAGGAGGCUACAACAGGACCUAGUGGCGACAAAUAGGAAAUUCGGGGCCCUAGCGACGAUGAGUCAAGUAGUCCUGGGCACAUGGUCUAAGACAAUCGGAGACGAACAAGGCCUUCCACCUGACUGGACUAAAAUACCGAGGGUUUUAGUGGGUAUUGAUCCAGAGGUCUGCGGAAUAGACGUAGACCCAGGAUAA